AAGAAUUUAUGCACAAGCUAGUAUAUUUAAUGUAAAUUAUAUCUGAUGUAUAAUACAACUCAAUAUGUUGAAUUUGAUGUCAAUAGGUGCGUUCAAUAGAUUUUAAAAUAUACAAAAGCUUCAUGCAACAACUGAAAUGAUAUCUAAUUUGACCUUUGCAAAACGUAACAUAUCGAGCUUAAAUUUGUUUGAAGAAAUAACGCUUUCAGAGUCGUGUCUUAUUGCUGCAUUUGCAUUAAUAUUAGUCACUGGAGUGUUCGGAAACGCUUUUGUUAUAUUUAUUUUUGGUAAUAAAAAAUCUAAUCACCGGUCAACGACUGAUAGCCUAAUCCUCUAUUUAGGAAUAGUUGACUUUUUAACCUCAUUUUUUAACCCACUAUUAUACAUAUAUUGGACAAUAACAAAAUACCAACGAUGGGAUUUUGGAAAUUUAGGAUGUCAAAUUAUUCCUUCAAUCGGUCCAAUAAUGACGUCAGUUUCCUCAGGUUUGUUACUUAUACUUGCAAUCGAUCGAUAUAUUGCUAUAGUAACGCCAUUCUAUGGACAGUUGACACCGAAAACAGUAACAAUAGCUUUUAUUCUAGACAUUUUUUUAUCGAUUUUGAGUUUUCUUCAUUAUAUACUUGCACUAAGGAUUCAUCCAACAUAUAAUUAUUGUUAUAUCCCAAAUAUGGCUGAUUAUAAAUACGGUUUACCAAACUGUUCGUUUAUCAUUUUACGUCUAAGUAUAUUUUCAAUUGUCUUUGGUUUUACUAACAUAAAAAUAUUUAGAACAUUAAAAAAAUGUAGCGUAAAUAUUAAAAGCAAAGAAGUUCGAGUGGAACGCCUUAAACAGUCAAAAAAAAUAACGGUUGUGUUGCUAACAAUGGGAUUAGUAUUCAUAUUGCUUGUUUUCCCUAGAGAGUUGUUUUACUUGGUUAUUCAUAUAACGCUUAUAGACGGCAAAAAAAACGCCGCUAAAUUUAGUAACACGCUUAUGGUAAUAAACUCAUGGUUAAAGGUUGCUCACACAGCAAAUAGUUGCGCUAAUGUAUUUAUAUAUUCACAUAUGCAGACUAAAUACAGAAAACAAAUUAUACGGAUUUUAGCAUCAUUUGGAUGUUGUAAAAAAACAUUUUCUCGUCAAAGUAUUUCUGUCUCAAUUCUUUCGUACAUUAGAGAUAGAGGAAGAUUUUCAUCCCGCAAUUAUCGACAGGAGUUUAAAAAAAUACUUUUGACACAAGAGGAAGAUUCAAUAAGUUCAGCUGACGCUGUAUUUUUUCAGAGAGCACAACAAUGGAAAGUUAAAGUUUAAUCCUAUCCAGAAUUAUUUGCGAAAAACUGAAAAAACAGCUACGAUUAAAAGUAUGAAAAAAAAAUUGCGCUGUUGCCAUUGCCAACAGCGCAACAAAAUCUCAUUUUCUUUCUUUAAAGUAAAAAUAGAAAUAAUUGAGUAGCUUAUCUUAGUUUAACACAAAUUAUAAGUUUAUCUCUAUUUAAAGAUUUAACAUCAACUACUUCAAGAACGCAAAAGAUAUUCUUUAAAAAUAAACAUACCAAGGUUACAAAAUAUAGUUUCAAAUAAUGUGGUUUAAACAGCGUCGUUGUUGCCACAAAACUCAGUGGCAACAGUCACCGAUAAAUUAUGAAUGUUUUUUUUUUUAAUGGAAACUUUUUUUAUAAAGCGUAAACUAUAUUUUAUUGUGAACUUUAUCAAAUAGUUUGAAUUUUAAAC